AUGGCCAUUCAAGAAGAAGCAUCAAGGGUAUUAGUCUUGCCAACUAUGCAUAGUCUCAUCAAUGACAUCACCAUAAGGAGUUGUUCAAUGUUUGAGGUAAAGAUAAAGAGAUCAUCACGUAAGAAUAACGAGCCCAAGCUUUCCCAACCUGUCAAGUUUAUCUUAAAUAAACGNGCAUUGAUUUUCCGACGUACACUCACGGAAGGACCAGAAAACAAUUCUCGGAUAGUAGGCAAAGCCGAGGGAUUCAUAAUCCCGCAUGAAGACUUUGCUAACUCGGAUUUUAACGUGAUAUAUUUGACGUUGGAGACGCCCGAGUACACGGGGAGUGUUAGCAUUAGGAGCAGAGAAAUGACACAUAAAUUGGAAGAGGUUAUGGAGGUAGUAGGAGGGACAGGAGCUUUUGCGUUUGCUCGCGGAAUCGCCAUGUUUGCUGAGGUUGAUGAUCAUGAGGAAGAAGCUGUAACCACUUAUCGUGUUAAGCUUCUGCUUAGAUUUCCACAUACUUCUCACCUCGAUCCACAAUGAUGGACAAUUUUCUAUUACAAUAUCUGUGUAUAAAUAAAGUUAUUUUACAGAUUCACUACAUAUGUUCAAAGAACUCUAAUUAGCAAUAAUCAUUUUUGGUUUCUUUUUGCGAAUAAUUGCGAAUAACUUCAGCUAGCAAAUCGUAUUCAACGACUAAAUAUUAUGGCCAUUCAAGAAGAAGCAUCAAGGGUAUUAGUCUUGCCAACUAUGCAUAGUCUCAUCAAUGACAUCACCAUAAGGAGUUGUUCAAUGUUUGAGGUAAAGAUAAAGAGAUCAUCACGUAAGAAUAACGAGCCCAAGCUUUCCCAACCUGUCAAGUGUAUGUAUAAGUAGCUGUCACGGUCUUCAGGAUUUGACAUGGUCAGUUAUUGUUCGCUCAUAAUCUUAUUGUACUUGAGUUCGAAGUUUACAUAAACUAAAAGAAAUAGUUAAAAAAAAAAAGAGGAUGCCGAGAAAACUGUUAGGACCGUCAAAAUUGAAUUGAGAAAAAAUUACGAGUUAUCUUAAAUAAACGAAAUCAGAAGCGAAUUACAACGACAAAACAUUAAAGCAUAAAAUAAAUCAGGAAGGCGAUAUA